CACUGUUCUCGCUCCCCGUUCCGCUCUCAAGUUUCUCACCGCCACCCCUCCAAGCCUCCCGUCGCGGCGCAGCCGGGCGCCCGCCAUGGCAUCGGCAGCGUUUAAGGGGAGCGUCAUAGAUUCCACUGCUUCUCGCUGCAAACUAUUCAUCAGGUCAUUGAUCACCAUAAUUGCUGCGGUUAUAAAGAACCCAACUCAUCCCCCACCUAGCCAGAUUGAGUGCCCAAACUGCAAAUACCACAUUGAUGUUUUAUCACAAUGGCCAGGACUCCCUGCUGGUGUUAAGUUUGAUCCAACUGAUCUCGAACUGCUUGAACAUUUAGAAGGAAAGGUUGGCAGGGCAGCGUCCCACGAACAUAUUGAUGAUUUUAUUACAACAAUAGAAGAGGCUGAAGGAAUCUGCUACACACAUCCGGAAAAUCUCCCGGGUAUCAAGGUGGACGGGAGCAACAAUCAUUUCUUCAACAAAAUAUCGAAUGCGUUCGAUGUUGGUAAGCGCAAGCGUCGCAAGAUUAGCAACAGUGAUCACACUGUUUGUGAUGGGCAUUUCAGAUGGCACAAAACUGGGAAAUCCAAAAGUAUCUUAGAUAAUAAUGGUGUCAUAAAAGGGUGGAAGAAAAUACUGGUUCUUCACAUGGGUUCUAAGAAAGGAGGUGACGAGGAUGAAAUAUUUAACUGGAGGAUGCAUCAAUAUCACCUUGGGGUAGAUCAAGAUGAAAAUCACGGGGAGCUCGUUGCUUCCAAAGUCUUUCGUCAGUCAAAGAAAGCUGGGCAGUCUGUAAUGUGCACUGUUAAUGAAGAAUCCGAUUCAUUUGCUGGGGAAAUCGAUCCUACAACCCCAAUAACAUAUCCUCCGCAGCCUCGUCCCCCAAACAGUAGCCCAUCCAGAACCAAGCAGAAUCAGGAGGAGGACGCAGCCCUGUAUGGCCCGGAUGAACGCCCGUCACGCGGCGCAACCCCGGAGGCUGCGUACCCCGAGAUGCAGUCUCCACCUCUUGACGCGGACGCUUUCCAGGGGUUGCCCGACCCCGGAACGCCUCCGGGUUUCUCCCUUAUGGCCUCUUGGCUCGGUGGAUCCUCAUCGCUUGCCGUGGAAGUCGCACCGCUGUCUGGCCUGGAUGAACGCCUGUCACGCGGCGGAACCCCGGACGCCGCCUACCCUGAGGCUGAGGGGCAACCUCUGCCUCUCGACGCGGAGGCGAUCCAGGAGUUCACCGAUCCUGGAACGCCUCCGGAUAGCUUCCUCGGCAUGCAGUUGGGGUCGCAGGGCAUAGGCUGGCCAGCGUGUUAACAGAGGAUGAGGGGUUUUGAAGCAGCGGCACAACGAGAGGAGGCUGGUUUUUCUCGUGAUGUAGUAUGUUGUACUUAUAUCUGUGCAUGAAUGAUGGAUAUCGCCCAGAUAAUUUUGCAUAUUAUCCUGGAGGUUGCGUAUGAUUGUAGCUCGGCUAUGUUUACUGCUUGUAGUAGUAGCAGACAAUUUUUUCUCAAAUGUAGGAGUAUCGCACCCAAUUGCAUAGCCAUGAAACUGAUAAACAACAGUUGGU